CUUUUCUUACUCAGGAACUGUCCAAUAGGAUAGAGUAUUUUUAAGCUGUGCCACAGAGCAACAAGAAGUUUCCAAAAUGGUGCUCGAAAGUACUAUGGUUUGUGUGGACAACAGCGAGUACAUGAGAAAUGGAGACUUUCUGCCCACCAGACUGCAGGCUCAGCAGGAUGCUGUCAACAUUGUUUGUCACUCCAAAACACGCAGCAACCCAGAGAACAACGUUGGACUUAUAACUAUGGCAAAUAACUGUGAGGUCCUUACCACGCUGACACCAGACUCUGGCCGCAUCCUGUCCAAGCUGCACGCUGUCCAACCCAAAGGAAAGAUCUCAUUCUGUACAGGCAUCAGAGUGGCCCACCUGGCUUUAAAACACAGACAAGGAAAAAACCACAAAAUGAGGAUUAUUGCCUUUGUUGGGAGUCCCGUGGAAGACAACGAGAAAGAUCUUGUUAAGAUGGCAAAGCGCUUGAAAAAGGAGAAAGUGAAUGUGGAUAUCAUCAACUUUGGUGAAGAGGAGGCGAACACAGAGAAGCUGACUGCAUUCAUUAACACUUUAAAUGGAAAGGAGGGAACAGGUUCCCACUUGGUCACAGUGCCUCCUGGACCCAGUCUGGCUGAUGCCCUGCUGUCCUCCCCUAUCCUCGCCGGAGAGGGAGGCUCUAUGAUGGGGCUGGGCGCCAGCGACUUUGAGUUCGGAGUUGACCCCAGUGCUGAUCCAGAGUUGGCCUUGGCCCUACGCGUUUCAAUGGAGGAACAACGACAGAGGCAGGAGGAGGAGGCCCGCAGAGCUGCUGCUGCUUCUGCUGCCGAGGCAGGCGUGCCCACACCCAGCGCAGAUGAGUCGGAGGAAGCCUUGUUGAAGAUGUCUGUUUCUCAGCCUGAGAGCGGCACUGCAGUGAUUCCUGAUAUCAGCAGCAUGACGGAAGAGGAACAGAUAGCCUAUGCCAUGCAGAUGUCUUUAGCUGGAGGAGAGUAUAGUGAAAUGGACACAGGAGCUGCUAUGGACACUGCCGAAUCAGCCAAGGAGGAAGAUGACUAUGAUGUAAUGCAAGACCCAGAGUUCCUUCAGAGUGUCUUGGAGAACCUGCCCGGGGUCGAUCCCAACAAUGAGGCCAUCCGCAACGCAAUGGGCUCCCUGGCAUCCCAGACAGGAAACAAGCAAGAUGGCAAAAAGGAUGAAGAGAAGAAGAAAUGAGACAUCAAAACAAAAGAGAAACGAACAAUUAUAGGAUUUCUUUACAUACGUGAUUGCUGAUGCACCACUCUGCAUGGCAGCACUUUGACUUCUUCAGUACAUAAUAAAUAAAUAAAA